AUGUGUACCGGAGAAGGAACCAAAGCGCCUAUACCCAUCUCUUUUGGGGUCGCUGUUCUGUGUAAUCCUUCUCCAUCCUCUACCUACACCUCAACUAUUACUGCUACAACUGAUGUUACUUCUAUAACUAAUACUACUACUGCUGCUGCUGCUGCUACUACUAUUACUACUGCUGUUGUUGCUGGUGCUACAAGUACUGCAACUACUACUGCUGCUACUAGUACUACUACUGCUGCUGCUGCUACUACUACUAUUACUACUACUACUGCUGCUGUUGUUGUAGCUUCUACUGCUACUGCUACUAAUACUGCUGCUGCUACUACUACUACCGAAGCUGUUGCUAGUAAAGGUGUCAGUUUUGAUCUCUCUCCAUCUGCAGAGGAAUCUACAGCUUCCACAACCUUUCAACUGAAGAUCACUCCAGUGUCCACUGCAACAUCCAACAUGAAGAAUAUUCUGGGACUCCUACUUCUCGGCCUGCUCUUUGUAGCUCUCCAGAAGGAGGCAGACGCAGGUAAGGGUGUUCGGUGA